AAUAAUUUAUGUACAAAAUAAUUGAAAUUCCAUUAAAACUAAAGUUUUCCCAGAUCGCAAAUUGAAGAGGAGGAAGACAAUUCUUCAAGGGAGAGGGUGUAAGAUGGAAGGUAUCACGCACAUGUCAGCAAAGAAUUUUGAACUUUUUAGUGAGUUUGAAUAAAAAAACUUGCAUCUCUUAAGCCAAUUCUUGCACAACUGGCCAUUGCCAAGUGCAAAUACUUUUUCAACGAUGGUUAUUAUGCUUAUCUGUUGCAUAUAUAAUUGUAUCCCUAUGCCAAUUAACGGUCUCUUCACAACUGCUGAUGUGAUCUGAAAGCUCUGAAAAAAUGGUGGCUUCAGCUGAGGUAGUAGCUUGCAACGAAGACCUCAUCACAUUGAUCCUCCUACGCUUGCCGGUGAAAUCGCUUCUCCGGUUCAAAUGUGUCUCCAAGAAGUGGCUCUGUCUGAUCUCCACCCCAAAUUUCUCUAGCCGCCACCGCAGACUUGCCUCUGCAUCCAUCCUCUUGUCUCAAAUUCCCGGCCUCAUCAGCCACCUAUCUCUCAAUUGCAGCAGUUCAGAGAAACCCUUUUCGUCUCUUGACUUCAUUGAUGAUUCUGCUGGUGUUAAGUUAUUGCAGUCCAUCAAUGGCCUGGCCUUGGGGUGCAGCUUUCACAAGUUGGGAAAACCUCGUAGCUAUUACGUCUGCAACCCUUCAACAAGGCAAUUCUUGACGCUUCCUCCACCUAAUGCUGAGGGUCAUGAUUCGUUCGCAACUGUUUUAGGUGUUUAUUUAGCUUUUGAUUCAUCCAAAUCACCUCACUACCAAGUCGUCUGCGUUCGAAAUUGCUCUUUAUCAGCAGCACACGAUCGGUACCAAAUUCAGAUAUACCCAUCCGAGACUCGAACUUGGAGGCUUUGUGGUUCUCCUUUUGCGUCCCCAUCCGACAUGAUGUUUGAAACUGGGGUGCUUUGGAAUGGUGCAAUACAUUGGAUUAGCCCAACGGGAGCUACAUUAUGUUUUAAUAUCAAUCAAGAGCACAUCGGAUCAAUGCCUAGUCCUCCAUCAGACGAGCACUGGAGCAAAAGAAGGUUCAGAUAUUUUGGUGAAUCCGGUGGCCAUUUGCACCUUGUUGAAAUUUAUGGUCCAAGCACCACUCAAUUCCAAGUCUUUGAAUUGGAGAGGGAUUACUCAAAGUGGAUUUGCAAGUACCAAAUCGAUAUUUCUCCUAUCAUCGAUGCAUUUCCGGAGAUGGUUAGAGACUACCUUCACCCCCAUCACCAUGAUUCUCUGUUUUACGCGUUCGUUUUACUUUUUGUCCAAGAAACUGAAGAGGGCUCAUCGCUGUUGCUGCACAUUCCUGGCAAGUUUAUAUCUUAUAAUCUUAGAAAUAAGAGCUUCAAGGAGAUUUGUGGUUCUGGUCCAAAAUCCACCAAAACAAAUACAGCAUUACAUAUUGGAUGCUUUCAUGCUCAUCAGUUUAUAGAGACUCUUGCUAGUGUUUAAACAUUAAAAGAUGUCAAUUUGCCUCCACUUACUGUUUGUACCGUUGAGAUUAAUACCAUUGGAAUGUUCAAUAAUUGUUAUGCCAUUUGAGUAUUUGAAAUUCAGAAUGUAAUGAUUUUCCUAUUA